AUGACGGAACACCGCGGCACGCUGUCGUUUUACAUUGUCAUUACGCAGCUAGCCGUCACAGCUGCUGCCAGCGGGAUCUUGACAAACUCUGUGUUUGCGCUGACUGCGCAUUUUCCACCCGCGAAUGCAGAGGGCGUGAUGAGCGGCCAGGCAGUGGCUGGAAUUAUGGCGACCGCGGCACAGCUGGUGACUGCGUACUCGGUUGCAACCGGCGGUCUUCGUAGCGCAGAGGCCGGAGCAGACUCCCUGAUACAUCGCACUGUUGCGUACUUUGCAUUUGCAGCCAUCACGAACAUCAUCUUGACUGCUGCUUUCAUCUACAUUCAGCGAGACCCGUACUACACGGAGCGAAGCAAACUGGCCAUUGCGGGUGCUACAGCCGGUGCAACAGUGCUCCCGGAUCUGCGAGAGUUUGCAGCUACUUUCCGACAAAUCUCCGGCUAUGCCAAUGUCAUUAUGCUUGUCUUUGCCGCCAUGGCGGCGCCCUCGCUGGCCGACAAGCCCACUAUUGCUGGCUCCAUCGUUGCCAUUUCCAUCAGCACCGGGUUGGCCAUCGGCUCGCUCUUGUCAUGGCCCGUACGUGCUGCAGGAUGUCUGUGCAAUCCAUUCUGAGGAACACGCUGCUUUUACAGCGUAGCGUGUAUCAGUAGCAGCUUACUAGGUGCUCUUCCUUUAACUAGGUAUUUAUUUGUCAUGUAGAGUUUUAGAGGGGCCUUCCUAUUAUAGAGUAAACCCAUAGCUGGUGUUCUC